CCUUAAUCGGGUGGGGAGCAGAAACAUCGAAUUAUUGCAGUGAUGACGCGAAAAUGAAUUUCAAAUUUUGAUUGAUAAUAACAAAACAAACAACUCAAAAGGGAAAAAAAUUAAUUUAAUUGCAGACCCAAUUAAUUAUUAACGUCUUUCACAUUCUCAUUCGUAGCAAUUUCAUGAGUGCAACCAUUUGGUUUUGGCGUGGUUGUGGUGAAUGUGAUGGGUGGUCGUGAUUCAGCACUUCAAAACCAGAAGCAUUCGAUUCUGAUGGUCUCCGAUUUUUUCUAUCCUAACUUUGGUGGCGUCGAGAAUCACAUCUAUUACCUCUCCCAAUGCUUGCUCAACUUAGGCCACAAGGUGGUGGUUGUAACUCAUGCUUAUGGAAAACGGUCUGGGGUUAGAUACAUGACAGGUGGUUUGAAAGUGUACUAUAUUCCAUGGAGACCAUUCUUUAAUCAGAAUACAUUUCCAACCUUGUAUGGGAUACUACCCAUUAUAAGAACAAUUCUCAUUAGAGAAAGAAUUAACAUAGUACAUGGGCAUCAAACCUUUUCAACACUUUGUCAUAACGCCCUUAUGCAUGCUAGAAUCAUGGGAUACAAGGUUGUGUUUACCGAUCAUUCGUUGACUGGUUUUGCUGACUCUGGAAGUAUCCACAUGAACAAGGUGUUGCAGUUUACCUUGGCAGAUGUGAGUCAAGCCAUCUGUGUUUCCCAUACAAGCAAGGAAAACACAGUUUUGAGGUCAGAUUUGGCGCCAGAGAAGGUUUUUGUAAUACCUAAUGCUGUUGACACUGCUAUGUUUAAGCCAGCAUUGGAGCGUCCUAGCAGAACAGAAAUCAUUAUUGUUGUUAUCAGUCGGUUGGUUUACCGGAAAGGGGCAGAUUUGCUUGUUGAGGUCAUUCCAGAAGUGUGCCGAUUGCAUCCUAAUGUUCGUUUCAUUGUUGGAGGUGAUGGCUCUAAGCGCGUGCGGUUGGAAGAGAUGAGAGAAAAGCAUUCUCUUCAAGAUCGAGUUGAUUUGUUGGGAGCUGUACCACAUGCACAAGUCCGAUCUGUUCUAAUAUCUGGGCAUAUUUUCUUAAACAGUUCCUUAACAGAAGCAUUUUGCAUGGCCAUAUUAGAGGCUGCUAGUUGUGGAUUGUUAACAGUCAGCACACGCGUCGGAGGUGUUCCUGAGGUUUUACCAGAUGACAUGAUUGUUUUGGCGGAACCUGAUCCAAGUGAUAUGGUGAAAGCAAUAUCAAAGGCGAUAACUAUGCUGCCUAAAAUUGAUCCUCAAGUCAUGCACAAUCGAAUGAGGGAACUCUAUAGCUGGCAUGAUGUUGCUAAAAGGACCGAAAUUGUAUAUGAUCGUGCUUUGAAGUGUUCAGAUCAAAAUCUACUUGAACGUCUCUCGCGAUACCUCUCUUGUGGAGCAUGGGCAGGAAAAAUCUUUUGCUUGGUUAUGAUCUUCAGUUUUAUGUUAUGGCAUCUACUGGAACUAUGGGAGCCCGCAGAUGAUAUUGAGGAGGCGCCGGAUCUUAUUCUCUCACGCAACUGUGUUGAAUUGGAGAGAUGUUGCAGAAAACUCAACAAUCCAGAAAAUCAGAAGAAUAGCAGUGAUACUAUAUGAUGAUGAUAACAAUAAUAUUUAUAGGAAAAUAGUAUAUUAUGUUGUAUAGGAAAUUAGUAAGGUGAGUACUCUGCUUCCUUAAAAUUAGUAAGGAAAUCAGUGAUGCCUUUAUUUGCAGAGGAUCCUAAAUUUAUUCAAGGGUCUUUGUUUUUUCUUUACUGAUUACGAGGUGUAAACAACAACAUAAAAUAUAACAGUGCAUUAAGUUUGCCGAGAGAGAAAAAGAAUGCAUUGGUUUUCACUGAAUUAUUGAAGAAGUUUUUUUAUUUUUUA